UGUUUUGUUUAAUCAAGCGAAAUUGUUUAAUUUCUUUAAAUUAUCCAAACAAGACCCGGCAAAGACAGUCAUCAGAGCCCAGAUCCUUAGGUCCCGCCACCAGCCAACUACAGCAAUGGGUGAUAACAAAAUAUGCGACAUCAGCAACGAAGUGCUGGAGGAAUUGAAGAAGUUUCGCUUCAGCAAAAGCAAAAACAAUGCGGCUCUGAUAUUGAAAGUCGAUAGAGAGAAGCAAUCUGUGGUUUUGGAUGAAUUUAUUGAUGAUAUCUCCGUGGAUGAGCUGCAGGACACACUGCCAGGCCACCAGCCGCGCUACAUAAUUUAUACAUACAAAAUGGUGCACGACGAUCAGCGUGUCUCAUAUCCGAUGUGUUUUAUUUUCUACACACCAAGGGAUAGUCAGAUUGAACUGCAGAUGAUGUAUGCCUGCACGAAGAGCGCCCUGCAGCGCGAGGUUGAUCUCACGCGUGUCUACGAAAUACGCGAACUGGACGAACUGACCGAAGAAUGGCUCAGGGAGAAGCUAAAGUAGAGACACAAACCAUUCCAGGCCGUUGUUCAAAGCAAUAUUUUAUGAUGACUCUUAUUUUGGAGGCAAUUCUUUUACUACGACUACAUUUAUACACUUUAGAAACUGGAUAUCAGGAGCCAAUACCAACGAUGCAAUAUGCAUAACAAUACCAAACAAAUAUGACAAUUUUUUACGACACAAAUCAAUAUAUAAGCUACAGUAAUGACAAUUUUAUGUACACAUCGUCGUCGGAUUGUGUAUUAAGAAAGUUUGUUUAGUUUUCGCAUUUAAGUAUAAUACGAUAGAGUUUACAAUCUUUCCAUUGACAUUAGCAUUCGUAAUGAUCUUAUAGAAGCUGUGCUUGCCAAAUUCUACAUUGUAUUUAUUGUAAAGAGAGACAAGAGCAGACCAUGCAAAAAUAUUCCAUUUUAUAUAAACUAAA